AUGGCGGCGGUUUUAGGAUAUUGGAAACUGGACAAGAACGACGAUAAAUGGGACGAGUACAUGAAAACCGUCGGGGUCAAUUUCGUACUCCGUAAAGUAGGAAAUUCUAUCACGAGUUAUGAAGACAUUGUACAAAAUGGCGAAAACUGGGAGAUGCAUUUGUUGUCAACAUUUAAAAACCAUCAUCUGCAAUUUAAGAUUGGAGAGGAGUUUGACGAGGUCACUCCAGAUGGAAGAAAUUGUAAGUCAACAUUUGUAAUAGAAGGGGAGUCUCUUGUACAUUACCAGAAAGGAACAAAGGCUGGAGAUGUGAACUCUAAAAUCACAAGGACUAGAUUGGACGACGAUACAAUGACAAUAACAUUUGUUGCCGAAGGAAAAGAUAUAACGUCAGUGAGAAUAUACAAGAAACAUCCAAAAUCCUGAAGAGCAUACAUAUAGUAACA